AUGUUCGCUGUCCGUCGCCUCGCUACCAGCGCCCCUCGCGCCAUGCCCCGGAGGGCGCUGUUUCACAGCACCGCGCCAGCCUUCGUCCAAAAGGGAGACGCCAUUCCAGAUCUUGACGUGCUGGUCGAGAGUUCACCUGGAAACAAAAUCAAUCUUGCGAAGGAGCUCAAGGGAAAGGGGGUUAUUGUCGGUGUCCCUGCUGCUUUCAGCCCCGCUUGCUCUAGCUCUCACGUGCCUGGAUAUAUCAACCACCCCAAGCUCAAGGAAGCCGGCCAGGUCUUCGUGGUCUCGGUCAAUGACCCCUUUGUGAUGAAGGCCUGGGGCGUUUCCCUUGAUGCCACCGGCAAGAGUGGUAUCCGCUUUCUGGGCGACCCGACCGGCAAGUUUUCGGAGGCGCUCGACGUCACCUUCGACAGCAGCUCAAUCUUUGGGAACCACAGAAGCAAGCGCUAUGCGCUUGUCGUUGAGGAUGGAAAGGUUAAGGAGGCUUAUAUCGAGCCCGAUAACACCGGUGUCAACGUCUCGGCGGCAGAGAAGGUGUUGGGCUAA